GUGUUGGCCUUCGUUUGCCUGGGAGUAUUUCACCAGCAUGGCUUCAAUUUCGUUAUUGCCAGUUGCACUUCAAAACACCCUUCAACAGAUUAUAAUAAGGACCAAUCAAGCGGGCGCAGGGAUACGGGCGAUUCUGUUGUCAACUACUGAGGGAGUUCCGCUGGGACGCCUCUACGCCACAGAUCAGCCUUUGAACGAAGACGUGCUGGCAUCUAUAGAAUCGGUAUGGGCGCCGGCUUCUAAGCAACUUCCAGUUCUUGGGCUGGAAAAAGCGCAACAAGUUACUGCGAUUUAUGACCAUGGGAUUCUCAUUCAUGUUUAUCAAACGCCAGUGAUAGUGACUAUUCUUUGUAAUCCCCAGUCAAACAUUGGAGCUAUACGCUCCAGCGGAAUCCCUUUACUCAAAGAAGUGCUUGAGCCUCUCUGCACAACUCUCAACAAUUCACUCAGACCUGAUUAUGAAAGUGACCCAGUGUAUCAACAGUAGUUGCUUCCAUUUCAGUUAAUGAAGACUUUCCGCCCAAGUAAUGUUACCUAAAGCUAACAGACAGGAAUCUUUAUUUCGAUGUUUGAUAAAGUACAACAGGUAUUUAUCCAUAUUGGUAGUUCCUAUCCAUCGCGAACUUUAUACUCGGGAGCGGCGGAUUGAAUAAUCUUAAACGUAAGCACAUUCCAUGCUGCAGAAAGAUCUUUUACUCGAGAGAAAGCAAGUCAAACGGCCACGAAAGUUCAAGAUCUAUGCAUGGAGAGAUCUCCGUGAAUAAAAGAGAUGUGUAUUGACGAGUCUAAAGUGAAAUUAC